AAAUGAAAUGGAGCUCUUUUGCCUUUUCUCUGCCAUUGGGGUGUGUGCGGCCGCCGGCCUUCCUUGCCAUGUCUUCUCAUAAGACUUUCAGGAUCAAGAGAUUCCUGGCCAAGAAACAAAAGCAGAAUCGCCCCAUUCCCCAAUGGAUUCGAAUGAAAACUGGUAAUAAAAUCAGGUACAAUUCCAAGAGGAGACAUUGGAGAAGAACCAAACUGGGUCUGUAAGGAGUCACACAUGUGAUGGAACACGGCCUUCCCCCUAGCAAUCUGGUAGCAUUUUAGCGAAUCAAG